CGGAUUAAUCCAAAGCUUGGAAGCGAAAAAUCAGCCUGGAACCCCUCGGCCUUAAUUCUUCCUCCUUCCUCUACUCAUCAGAGGGUCUUCCUGCGCACCUACAUCGACGUCUCGACCAGCUCCAGAACAAUGAGCACUACGGCAACUGUCCCAGUCAGAGCCCUGGUGGCCAGUUCAGCCUCAGCGCGGCUCUUUCAGCAAUCAUGCUUGAAAGCAUCCUUGCGUCCGUCAGCGGUGGCCGCAAUAGGCAUUCGAAGCACAGCCGGAGUGCCAUUCCAUAACUAUAUCGCGCCAAAUCGCCCAAAAUACUUCACCACAACAUCGUCAAAUAAGCUGCGAGAGUUCUUUCCUCCGCCUAAGACGAAGCAUGUUGUUGAAACCGAGACACACUUUGAACACCCAGUAUUCACUGAGAAGGAAAUGAAAGACAUUGUCGUCGCACAUAGACAAACGAGAGAUUGGUCGGACUGGGCUGCCCUAGGCACAGUCCGGAUGCUCCGCUGGGGGAUGGAUCUCGCAACGGGCUACAAGCACCCGCCCGCCGGAAAGGAACAGAAAAAAGUAAAGCCAUUCACCAUGGACGAGCGUAAAUGGAUCAUCCGUUUUAUUUUCUUGGAAACCGUCGCCGCUGUGCCAGGUAUGGUUGGUGGCAUGCUUCGCCAUUUGCGUAGCUUGAGAAGAAUGAAGAGAGAUCUCGGAUGGAUCGAAACUCUUCUUGAAGAAGCAUAUAACGAGCGUAUGCACCUUCUCAGUUUCUUAAAGCUGGCAGAGCCAGGCUGGUUUAUGCGUCUUAUGGUCCUCGGUGCCCAGGGCGUUUUCUUCAAUGCUUUCUUCCUCUCGUACCUCGUAUCACCAAGAACUUGCCACCGUUUUGUCGGCUAUCUCGAGGAAGAGGCCGUCCUGACAUACACUCAUGCCAUUAAUGACCUUGAGAACGGGAAACUGCCAAGAUGGAAGGACAUGAAUGCUCCUGACAUCGCAGUCACAUACUGGAAGAUGCCUGAGGGCCAUCGGAAAAUUUUAGAUCUGUUGUACUACGUCCGUGCCGACGAGGCUAAGCACAGAGAGGUCAAUCACACUCUGGCCAAUUUGGACCAGAAAUACGACCCAAAUCCUUAUGCAGCCAAGUACAAUAAUCCCCAAGAUCCUCACCCCACAAAGUCCGCCUCCAUUAUGAAGCCAACGGGCUGGGAAAGAAAAGACGUUCUCUGAAUAAGUUAGAUUUGGAUGGAGUCUUACCAAAAUUCGUGUUUAUAUUUCGGUAAAAGGGUUUUCUUCUUGGAUUUGCAUCCGGUUCUCUCAGACAUCAUCAGAAGCAGGAUGCAGGUUUGGACAGUUGGUAGGGAAAAGACAAUCUCUCAUUUUUGGCGUCAAUUGGCGGUUUUGCGGAGGUUUGAACGGUUGGUGUCUUCGGUAAUUAGAGGUCUGGGCAUCAGAAGACCAUGAACGGUUCAAGGUGUUUGAUUUGGCAUUAGUCUCAUUCUUUUUCUUUCGUGCUUGGUUUUUGCAUGCAUAAGACCCGUACGGAGUACUUAUACUGCGCAUAAGCUUGUUGUAGCAAACAUGGAAAGAAUGCAUGUGUUUUAUAUCUAAAGGAUAUCAUGUUGAGUCGGUAUGUUUGGGCGCAAUGGCGGGGAGAGAAUGCAAGCUGCCAGUGAGAGCAUCAGAUUCUUAUAUUUUGCGCUCUGUAGGGGCCGUUUUGGUGCGUUGGCGGCAUUUGACAGCGCCGAUUUCGAGUAGCAAUUU